AUGGUGGGUUAUUCCAGGACUGCCAAAGCAUACAGGCCUUACGACCCAAGCACAGGGCAAGUGGUCGAAAAGAGGGACGUGCUGUUUAGCGAACUUGGCGAUACUGAGCAGAAUCGAAAGGCUUCGAUUAUAUUUGAUAUGCCAAUGGGCAUUCAAGAAUCCGAGGAUCAGAUCGCUGAUGGCGAUGGUGUAGACGAUGAGGCUAACGUGCGUGUAGGUCCUGGACGGCCAAGGAUAGUUCGCACGGGCAUGCGUGGGCGACCUCGUAAGCAGUUUUAUCUACUUGGAGCUGCGACUGCUGGCGAGAUCCCCAUCCCCUUAGAGGAGGCGAUUGGAGGAGCUAAUGCAUCGCUUUGGCGUGAGGCCAUGGAUAAAGAGCACAAGUCACUAUCUAUAGCGCUGGCUCAAUUCCUCAAGAACGAGAAUCGUUUGUCGAGAAACGAUUCUCUAAAGGAACAGUACAAUCCCGUUCUCCAGGAGUGCGUGGACUUGGGUCAUAUGACACCCAUAUCGCCUCAGGCAAUCGUCACGACUCCUAACUUCUAUCUGCCUCACCAUGCCGUGUUCAAACCAGAUAGCACCACAACGAAGGUGCGGGUCGUUUUCAACGCUUCUUGUCCAUCCUCAAAUGGCAAGAGUCUGAAUGAUAUCCUUCAUUCAGGGCCCAUUCUCCAAUUGGAUCUCACGUUGCAGAUCCUCAGAUGGCGAUACUAUCGAUAUGUGUUCAAUGCGGACAUAACGAAGAUGUAUCGCCAAAUCCUCAUGGACUCGAAGCACACACCGUUCCAACGAAUUCUGUUCCGUACGUCGGACGGUGAGAUCCGUGACUUCGAGUUGAACACAGUGACAUUCGGUGUGCGCCUUUCCUGGCUCUACGAGUCCUCCAGCAACUUGCUGAAGACAUACGCUUGGAGUAUCCUCUCGCAAGCCGAGUCAUCUCCAACAACAUCCCUGGACAGCGCUGGAUUCCCGCUGAGGAAGUGGACGUCGAACCAUAAGAGCGUGCUGAAGGACAUUCCAAAGGACCAUCUACUUAGAGAAGACUUCCUCGAACUCGAGGACUCCAGUACGGCGAAAACUCUGAGCAUCAGAUGGCAAGCUCACGAUGACGAGUUCUUUUUCAUGCCACCAGAAGUUUCCCAUCAGGACUCCUACACGAAGAGGGAGACACGAGUGAAGCUCCAGUACCACGGAUUCUGUGAUGCUUCAGAAAGGGCGUAUGGAGCGGCGAUCCAUGUCCGUGUGGAGACGGCGAACAAGGUUUCCACACAUCUCCUCACUGCGAAGACAAAGGUGGCUCCUGUCAAGUCUCUCUCAGUGCCACGUUUGGAGCUUUGUGGCGCAGUCCUGUUGGCUGAGUUAUCUGCAGCCCUCCUCCUAAAUCUGCCAGCAGAAAGUUUCCAGACUUUCUUUUGGACUGAUUCAACAAUUGUUCUCGCCUGGUUGAACAAGCCACCCUGCAGAUGGACAACCUUUGUGGCCAAUCGUGUGGCCAUAAUCGUCCAAGCCAGCGACGCCAAGAACUGGUCGCAUGUGCGAUCCGAGCACAAUCCGGCAGAUCUUGCAAGCCGAGGUGUCCUGCCACAAGAAUUGAUUCGUAAUCCUUUGUGGUGGCAUGGACCAGAGUGGCCAACAUCUCCAAGUCCCAUUCCGGAGACUUUGCUGGAGCAGCGGAUUAAGUGCAACGUCGCUAAGUUACCUCCUACUCCUGAUUUCCUGUGUAAGUUCUCUGAGUUUGGCAAGGCACUGCGCACGUCUGCCUAUGUUCUCAGAUUCAUCGAUAGAAGGCGGAAAUUGGCAGUUCCAAGCUCUACCGUGGUCCAGGCGGAUGAGCUGUCACGAAUCCAAGAGCGGCUAAUCGUCAUGGGGAUUCUACGGGCCUGUGGGCGUCUGAGGGCGUCCCACUCGCUGCGUUACGAUGAGAGUCAUCCAAUCAUCCUCUCGUAUUCCUCGUCCUUUUCACGACUACUGGUUCGCUUCACCCAUCGUAUAUCCUUACAUGGGGGUAACCAAGUCGUCAUGCGGCUGAUCCGUUCCAGAUUCUCGAUUCCAAAAUUGAAGGUCCUCGUCAAAUCCACCAUCAACUCUUGCAAGGUUUGCGUGAUCUACAAGAAGAGACUGCAGACCCAAAUGAUGGGGGACUUGCCCAAGGAAAGGGCGUCCUACUCGAGACCUUUCACGCACACUGAAGUCGACAUCGCCGGCCCAUUCGAAAUAAAGAAUUACACUGGCCGAGCCUGCCUCAUCACCAAAGGGUAUGUCUGCGUCUUCGUGUGCUUCAGCACGAAGGCGAUCCACUUGGAGGCAACAUCGGAUCUCACGACGGAGAAAUUCCUGGCCGCAUUCUCCCGUUUCAUCGCACGGCGCGGGUGCCCAUACCAGAUGUACUCGGACAACGGGAAAACCUUCGUUGGAGCUGACAAAGUGAUCUUCAACGACUUCGUGGAAGCGACGAGGGAGUGCAUCAUCGCACAACACGCCCACAAGAGCCUAUCCUGGCACUUCAACCCGCCGGGCGCCCCGCAUAUGGGUAGAUUAUGGGAAGACGGCGUAAAGAGUUUCAAGGCACUCUUUUACAAGGCGACAUCCACAGCGAAGUAUACGUUCGAAGAGUUGUCCACUCUUCUCGCUAAGAUCGAAGCCUGCCUGAAUUCGAGGCCGAUUUCCCCUAUGCCCGCGGACCCUUCGGACUUACUAGCGCUCACUCCUGGUCAUUUCCUCGUACUUAUUUCGGUGUUGGAACCACCAAUUAACCAACCGGCCACCUCCAUCCUCAAUCGAUGGCAGCCACUGAAGGCUCUUCACCAACAAUUUUGUUUCCGUUGGAAAGAUGAGUACCUGAAGGAGCUGCACAAACGGACGAAAUGGCAAUCCCCUACACGGAAUCUUCGGAUCGGUGACAUGGUCGUCAUAAAAGAAGACAACCUCCCCUCGAACGAGUGGCGCCUAGGACGGGUGCUGACGACGUGUCCAGGCACCGAUGCCAAGGUCCGAGUUGUAUAUGUGCUCACGGCGCGGGGUACUAUCCGAAAACCCGUGGCCAAACUCAUUCUACUCCCGAUGGACAGCAAGACUGACCCCUCCACGUCAGAAGGACUGAAGGACGAAUAA